UAGUCAUAACGACAUAAUAGGAGAAAAUCUUCAAGAUAAUACGCUUCAAAAACCUAUACCGGGACAUUCGCUAACAACUUUAAUAGGAUCAUCAAUUGCAUUGCGUAUAGUUACUAUAUCCUCCGACAUUAUAUUAACAGUAUAGCAAGCCACGCGGGAACUGGAAGGUGUAGGAAAUAUACUUUUUACGAUUCUUGCACACCGGUCCAGUGCGAUCUUCUGUCCACAUCAGAAACCAUGCAGAUCUCAAGUAUAUUAUCGACAUUGCUGCAGACGGCGGUCGCCGUGUUGAUGUUGUCGCGGAGCGGUACAGAAGCCGUUCCGGCCGAAGGGCUAACGCCGUUCGGUUUCCUCAUGGCCAGGGCUUACGGACAACCGGCAGUAAAUCCGAUUAUGCGUCACAUAGCGUUCAAGCCCAGCGAUGGGGCCAAAUUCCGGAAGUCAUUCGAGGAAAAACACGGGCCCCGCGGACGGGACCUGAUCGACAGCCUGGGACGGGGUUCGUACAAGACUGGUGAGGCGACGGCGGCGAACCGAUUGCAGAACGCCGCGGACAUCGCGAUCGCAGGCGAAGCUUCCAGUAAUUCUUUAGUAGUCGUGAAUCCUUCAGAAGCUCUACGUGCAAAACAAUGAUUUUAACAAAGCGAAGGGUAACACAUAUUUUGCUCCUGUGAAUUAAAGUGAACAUUGUUUUAAUAAUGCACCGUCAUCGUGUACAUGCAUUUUCAAUGUAAAAACUAACAGCACUACCUAUGAUUUUGAUGAAGAUCGAUUGCCCAAAACCAAAGUUUAGACGAUUGGUUAGGUAGUGAUUAUAUUGAAUUAGAUAAACGUAUGUUCAUACCUAUAUGUUAUUUUAUUAGUGAGAGCUAAUUAUUGUAAAUACUCGAUAAUAUUGAUUAAAAAUUAUUAUACGGACCUAGGUACCUAUUAUAUAGAUGAUAUUAAAAAUUUCUCGUUAUAAAUUAAAUGAGAUAAUGAUAAGUAGUAAUAAGGUGUAUACUAUAUAUUAUAUAUUAUAUUAUAAUAUUUUUACUAUUCAAUUUUGUUAUAGGUACGUAAAACUCGAAUGUAUAUCUAAUAUAUCUAUGUAUAAUUUGGAAUGUAAUUAUUUAAUAUUAUACAGUUGUAUUUGUAUUAAUUUUAAAAGUUUAAUUGAUUGGUAAUAAUGUCCUUGUGAAUAAUUGUGUUAAGGUAACCACCGUAAUUCGUGCUAUUCGUGGUUAUGUUGGAUUACCCGGUUAAAUAAAUAAAUAAAUAA